CCAGGAAUUCAGCACGACUAGGAGCCAACCAGCACGGCACAAUAAGGACUUUAUAGUGAGAUCGCGUCCUCGAAGCUGAUAAAGGCUAAGCUACCAGUGUUUUCUGUUGAAAUAGGAAGAGUCUUGAAGAAAGCAGCUUUUUAAGAUACUGCAGCAGCAUGCAGAUGUGAAGUCAGACAUCAGAGACCCCUACUACCAUUGUACUCCUGGACUGGUGACAUUCCCCCAUCAUUAUCAUACAUGAGGAGAGGGGAGAAACCCGAAGGACACAGGCAGAUGAGACCCAAGACAUUCCCUGCCAGCAACUACAGUGGCAACAGCCAACAAAUGCUGCAGGAGAUACGAAACAGCCUGCGCAACUUGUCCAAACCCUCUGACCCACCUAAAGUGGACAUCGGUGGACAAGGGAAAAUGAACUUUGAAGAUCCAAGGCAACAGGGACGCAGUAGUAACUCUAAACACCCCUACCAUAAGGCCUUACAACAGAUCCGCAAGUCUCUGGUGCCUUUUGAAGUGAGCGGUUCGUUGAACAGUGAGUCCAACACUUCAAGCCCAGAUCCUAACAAGUCAAUGUUAGAAUCUUCAAGUGCUGGGUUUGAGGAGCCAAGCAGCAGCCGCCGUGUCGGGGCCACUUCAGAUUAUGUAGUAAAGGUGAACUACCAGGAGUCAAUGAGGGAGCAGAUGGCUGUUGGCAACCCCAGCUCUUCGGGCCUGAAAGCACCAGGGACUUCUCAUAUACAGGCUGUGCUGCGAAGGCCAAGCUGGAAAGGCUCUAAGGAGUCUCUGGCUCCUCGACAUGGUCCUAUCCUGGUGGAUGGAAUGAUGUAUCACACAGAUGGCCCUGGACCACCUCCUGCCUUUUCUCAAGGUCACCCUGCUAACAGCCAGAGAGUCAACCCUCCGCUACCACCUCAGAUGCGCAGUGUCACACCUCCACCAAACCGCGGUGCUAUGCCUCCUGCAUCAUCCUGGGACAGCAACCCAUCAACCAAGCGCUACUCUGGAAAUAUGGAUUACCUUCCACCUCGUAUCUCUCCAGUGCCCCAAGGAGCCUGGCCUGAUGCGUACCCAACUUCAGCACCUCAGAAUCAGCGGGGGAUGAGUCCAGCUCCUGUGGGUCACCAGCCCAUCAUAAUGCAAAACUCUGGGGGGAAUAAGUUCAUCUUCCCCUCCAGCUGGACUCAGAAUGGCACACCUCAGCCAGACUACAUGUCUGGGGGCAACAGACAGCCCCCUCCUCCUUACCCUGUCAAUCAGAGUAGCCGGCACAGUCCCACAGACCAGCAAGCAGGAGGACCUGCAUCUUCACCUUCUUAUGUUAAUGGUGGAAGCAUCCCUCAAUCUAUGAUGGUUCCUAACCGGAACAGCCACAACCUUGACCUGUACAGCAUAGGCCCUCCUCAGUCCUGGUCCCAGACUCCCCUAGCUUCAAAUCAGCCUCAGUCUUCUUCUGGUACUAGCAGCAAUCAGGACCUGUCGCCAUCGUGGCAGCACAACAUGCCAGUUCGCUCUAACUCUUUCAACAACCACCAGCUCAGUGGUAGAGCUGCUCACCCAACCAGUUCGCAGCCCUCUGCCACCACAGUCACUGCCAUCACACAGGCCCCCAUCCUGCAGCCAGUGAAGAGCAUGCGUGUCCAGAAACCUGAGCUACACACUGCAGUAGCUCCUACACAUCCUCCAUGGAUGCAGCAGGUUACAUCAUCUUCAGCUGCACCUGCUUACCCAGAACCUUCACCUCAAGUCCCUCAGAUCCCUGUAGUAGCAGAGGCACCCAGUUAUCAAGGUCCCCCUCCACCCUACCCGAAGCACCUCCUCCAGCAGCAGGCUGCACCCUCUCCUCCAACAUACGAUGCAGGGGCCAGUAAGUCUACUGAGGAGGAGAGCAGCAGCAGCAGUGACAACUGCAGGGAGAAAGCAUCAGAGUGCCCUGAAAGCACCGCAGCAGUAGAGAAGGAGAGGAAGCAGAUCACAACUUCACCUGUUCCCGUUCGCCGUAACAAGAAAGAUGAGGAGCCCAGAGGAGAGUCUGGAAGAGUUCCUUUGUACUCUCCACAAGCCUUCAAGUUCUUCAUGGAGCAACAUGUAGAAAAUAUCCUGAAGAACCAUCAGCAGAGGAUUCGAAGGAGGAAGCAACUAGAGAGCGAGAUGCAGAGGGUGGGUUUGUCUUCAGAUGCUCAAGAGCAAAUGCGUAUGAUGCUCUGUCAGAAGGAGUCCAACUACAUUCGGCUGAAGCGUGCAAAGAUGGAUAAGUCCAUGUUUAAACGAAUCAAGACACUUGGCAUUGGAGCAUUUGGUGAGGUGUGCUUGUCAAGAAAAGAGGACACGGGAUCGCUGUACGCCAUGAAGACGCUACGCAAGAAGGAUGUGCUGCUGAGGAACCAGGUGGCUCACGUUAAGGCUGAGAGGGACAUACUGGCUGAGGCAGACAACGAAUGGGUAGUGCGUCUUUACUACUCUUUCCAAGACAAGGACAACUUGUACUUUGUCAUGGAGUACAUUCCUGGAGGGGACAUGAUGAGCCUUCUUAUCCGGCUUGGCAUCUUUAAAGAAGAGCUGGCUCAGUUUUACAUCGCAGAGCUCACAUGUGCUGUGGAAAGUGUUCACAAGAUGGGUUUCAUCCACAGAGACAUCAAGCCUGACAACAUCCUCAUAGACCGAGAUGGACACAUAAAGCUUACUGAUUUUGGUCUCUGUACUGGUUUUCGCUGGACCCAUGACUCCAAGUAUUACCAGAGUGGGGACCACGUGAGGCAGGAUAGCAUGGACUUCAGUAAGGAAUGGGAGGACGCAGCCAACUGCCGCUGCACAGACCGUCUGAAGCCACUAGAGAGGAGAAAAGCCCGGCAGCACCAGCGCUGUUUGGCCCACUCACUGGUGGGGACACCCAACUAUAUCGCACCAGAGGUGCUUCUCAGAACAGGAUACACUCAGCUCUGUGAUUGGUGGAGCGUUGGCGUGAUCUUGUAUGAAAUGGUAGUUGGGCAGCCUCCUUUCUUUGCGAACACACCCCUGGAGACGCAGCUGAAGGUGAUAAACUGGAAGAGCACGCUGCACAUUCCUCCACAAGCCAAGCUCAGUCCAGAGGCAUCAGAUCUCAUUGUCAAAUUGUGCCGUGGUCCAGAGGACCGCCUUGGUAAAAACGGCGCAGACGAAAUCAAAGCUAAUCCUUUCUUUAAAAGCAUCGACUUCUCCAACGACCUGAGACAGCAGGUGGCGCCCUACAUCCCCACCAUCGCUCACUCCACAGACACUUCCAACUUUGACCCGGUGGACCCGGAUAAACUCCGGAGCAGCGACAGCGAGAACAACCACAAUGACACACUGAACGGUUGGUUCCGCAAUGGAAAACACCCUGAGCACGCCUUCUACGAGUUCACCUUCAGACGCUUCUUCGACGACAAUGGGCACCCUUACAGUUGCCCCAAACCCAUCGAGUAUGAGGGCUAUGACGAGGAUGAGGCAGACUCUGAGGGUGUGGCGCAGGAGACAGCGACACAGGGCAGAGACCUGGUGUAUGUUUAGCUGCUGAAGCCAGUUAAGAUCUUUGUACAUACGGAGUUUGUGAAGAGGGUUCGCAAAGGUACCGCAUUAAAUAACUUCAGCAUAGGAGAAUAACUUUGUAGGAACAGCCAGAACACUUCAGCAAGCAAUUAUAUUAAGACCGACAACAAAAAACAAAUUCACACAAGUUAAAGGAAUAUUUUGUGUUGGGAAAUGUGUGUAUUUGCUUUCUUUCCAAAAGUUAGCCAAGUAGAUUAAAAAAAAAAAUGUAAGUCUAAAUAUGAAACUGACCUGGAGUCAGUCAGCUAAGUAAAACAUAAAGACUAGAAACUGCUUCCCAUUGUUGUCCAAGGGUAACAGAACUAUCCUCCAACGCCGUUAAGGGGAGCCAAAACCCCAAAUUUGUCAAGUUUUUCAUCUUUUUUUGCAAAGAAAGCAUCAAAUCUUCCCAUCUGAGAAGGUGAAAGCAAAGGAUGUUUAAUAAAUUUCAGCGUGGGCUUGUUAUCGUUUGAUAAUAGUUGAUCCUUCCUCAUAUAAAAGCACCUAAGUAAAAUAAUUUGGUCAAGAAAAAACAAUAUCAUCUAAAAUCUUAGCUUAUGGUUUGAACAGUUUCAAAUCAUAAAAGUAAAACCCUUUAAUUUUGGCAGCUUUAGAGGGGCUGGUAGGUGGAUUUUGUUACGGUUGGACAGAACCAGACCUCCUCUUUCCCAUAUCUGUGCAAAGUUGCUGCCUGUCACCUGUUUCAUUCUGCUCCUCUAACUCUGCUUGUCUUUUAAGUUUUAUACAUGAAUGUGCUAAAGGUGCACUGAAUGAUGUGUGCUUCCUGAACAUCUCCAGAAGAACAAAUCUAGGAAUUAAAAAAAAUAAAAAAAUCAUAGUGCUGUUUUUGGUAUCCAGUAGCAACCACUCCCAACCUGUAAAGCCUUAAUUUAUUUAAGCAACCUGGUGACUCUAGUAUAGAUGCUGCUUGUGUGCGAAUUGUUGUUGAGUUGCAUUUAUUUUAAUUUUUUUUUUCACAUCCUCUUAAUUUAUAUUUGAAUGUAAUUUGCAGUGGGGAUUUAGUGUCGAGGCUCGUAGAUAUUUGCAGGGAUAAAUUUCUGUAAUUAUUCAUUGCUGUGCCUUUUUGAUUUAUGGUUCACCAAAUAUUAAGAGGGUUAAUAAUCAGACUGGCAUUUUAAAAUGAGAGUAGCAGUAGUUGAUUGUACUACAGUAGGUUUUUCUUUUAUUUUUCUAAUUUAUACCUAAAUGUAUUUAUAAAUUAAGUUGUAUACAGUGGAUGUAAAUAGUUUUUCUUCCCUGUGAGUUGAUUUUUGUACACUUUUUUUUCCUCUGGGCAGGCCCUUGACAGUGUCCCCUGCUGCUGCCUUCUGUCAAUGUUUAUUUUCAGUUUUUGACACUAAUUACCAGAUUAGAUCAAAUGUAUAAUGUUGAACCUACUUUGCUGUUCAGACUUCAUGCUCAUCUCAACCAAAGCACUAAAUAGGUGGGUUUUGACUCUUGUAAUGACCCACAUUAGGAAAGUAACAACUGCAACACUUUGAAAGUAUUUUUUGUGGUAUUAUCACACUAUCAACCAGAGAAGCCUUGUUUUUUGGUACCUUAACAUUGUGACUCAGAUAAACACUACAGCUAACUGUUUUUGUGUCUCUGUUCUGAAAAAAGAGAAACUGGACUCUGACAGAUUUUGUUACCCGCUGUACUUUUCUCCACAUGUAGGAAAAAUCUCUGAAUGUAGUUAUUGUGGACUUAAUGGUGACCACUAUCAUUCUGCACUGGUUUUGUUUUUGUUUUUUUACUGUGAGAGAAUUUUAUUUUUGUGUAUGUUGUUCUGGGAGGUUUGGGAAGAGGGUGAUGAAUAAAGAAUGUAAAUAAAAUGUUUUACAUGCACACCAACUGUCACAUCUGUUUUAUUGGUGUCAAAUAAAAGAUUAAAAUAAAAAUAGAAAAAUGA